GGUCGUGUACACCACUACAAAUAAGCCUAUCGUUCCCGGUGCCUUCUUUGAAUUUGAGAAUCUGAAUCUCUACUAACCAGUCGUUGAUAUAUCCAGAUUUUUGUCGUUUACGAUUGCCCACAUUCACAGCACACCAUGUCAAGCUACUCUCUCAAUCCCAAGUAUCCUCCCGUUUACCGCUUUUGUUUGGAAGAUGAGAGCUUGGACGACGUAGUAGCCAUGUAUGCUGAAGAUAUUUUAGGGGGUGCAACAGCGAAAAAUGUUGAAAAUGCUUUUGUGCGGUACAUCACCCAAGUUAUAGAACCUGUUGGUUGGAAAGGAAUUUGGAGAGCCAGUGGGAAGUCAUCCGGUCUGCCAUUUGAAUGCGACUUUCUAGUUGAAGUUUUGAAUGUUAGCCGAACAAGCUUGGAUGCAGAUAUCAAAUUGAUUUCCCUCCUUUCGGAAAGCUGCCGAAGCGUGGAAGGUGUGAAUCGUCUGCUAGAAAGCAACUGCAUUCCUGUGCCACUUGUCGAGCUUUAUCCUCUGUUUGAGGAUGGCCCACAUAACGAUUAUAAGACCACUGCAGUUGCAAUUGAAUAUGCUAGAUUUUUUUACAAUCAUGUAUGGAGACCAUGGGAUGAUCCAGAAGACGAUGAUGAAGUCUUCAGCACAAAACUUAGUUCGCGGAUCAAGCUCUUCAUGGAUAUUAAGCAUAGCCUCGUGCCCAGCGAAGUGGAGGCGCGUGCAAACAUGGUUCUGCGUGAGGGCUGGGAAAUCAGAGAACGUCUGGAUGAGCUCCAGGCAGACAUGUCUCUGAGUGACUCUGAAUCUGAGCUGAAUGAGGAAGAUGUGGCUCAAGCUCUCCACUUUAACAUGCGCCUGGAAGAGCUCUCUCGCGAGAUGGAGCUACUUGAGAACCCUUUGCUAAGGAAUCUGUUGGUCAGGAAUGACUUUUUGCGACGGUCGCCUCAGUUGGAAGGUGCAAGAAAGCAUGAUGGGCGUGUGGUUCACAUGGUUGCAGAAACAUUUACGUUUUCAAAAUUGCUGCUGUCAAAGGUUGACCCUGAAGCAUGUCUAGAAUUUCAUCAUGCACUUGGUUCUGCACUUUCUUGUGCCUCUUCUGGUGACACAGUCUUAAUUUUUCCUGGAAUUCACACAUGUAUUGGACUUCCAUGGCUCGACAGAGAUAUUUCCAUAGAAGGCUUGGGAAGUCCAGGGGAGACCAUCCUGACUCCUAUUGAUGCUGGAGACAUAUUUAUGAACUGCAGCUCUUCAACUUUGAGCAUUUCAAACAUCACCAUUCGGAGUUCCAGACAUGUGCAGUAUAUAAUUGUGCUUCACAGCGGCUCACUUGGUCUCCGGAACUGUCACAUUGAAGGAAGCACUGCCGACACAUGCCUCAAAGUGCUAAAAAAUGCUGAGCUGGUCGUGGAAAAUUGUGAAAUCAACUCUGCAAUGACACAUGGCAUUAGUGUUCGAGCAGGUGGGAUCUUGAAAACUACUUGUUCCACCAUUAGUAACUGCAAGAAAAGUGGCAUCAUGGUUGAGCAUCAGCCAGGCUUACAGCCAAAUACGAUAGAGCUAUCACAAACUGUUGUGGAGAAAUGCGGUGCUUUCGGAAUCCAAGUUGAGAACGUGCUUCUAAACUCUAAUACAAACAUGGAGAUUAUGAAGGAAGGAGGCUUUGGAGAUAUUUCUAGGUUGUCUUUCUUGGGGAUCAGUACAAAGGACAGUACUUUCAAGGAGAACACAAUGGGCCCAUUUAGCAUCCUGUAUGCGCCAAGUUAAAUCAAGAUAUGCAACCUGAGACGUGAUCAAAUUUAGAAACUGGUUUACCGUGGGCGCAAGUGAAAAUGCGUGGGCAGCUGUUUUUGUGAGAUGCAGUCAUCAAGAUGUGUGACAUCUUGCGCAUGUGCUUUUUACUUGUUGAAAUAGAGUUUCUAAUGGACAA